GAUGGGAGUGAGCCCAGAAUUUGUGCCUCACUAGAACCCCCGCUGGUCCAACCAAAUCUCCCGUACAACACCGUGCUGACCCAAAAGACUGCAGAUUUAUUUGAAAUGAUUGAAAAGAUGCAGGGGAACAGGAUGGAUGAGCAGAGAUGCACCUUCCCACCUCCGCUCAAGACCGAGGAGGACUAUAUUCCAUACCCAAGUGUCCAUGAGGUCUUGGGAAGGCAAAGCCCCUUUCCUCUCAUCCUUCUGCCACAAUUUGGCGGUUACUGGAUUGAGGGAACCAAUCACGAGUUGAGUAAAAAUGUGGACUCGUUGGAGCUGCUGCAGACUUUGUCCUCGGACACCCGCACAAAGCUGGAAUGUAACACGACAGCGUCGCUCUAUCGCAAACACUUCCUGGCCAAGGAACACUUUAAUUACUAUUCAACAGACUGUGCCCUUGGACAUCUGGUGUUCUCUUUAAAGUACGACGUGAUUGGUGACCAGGAGCAUCUCCGACUGAUGCUUAGGACCAAACAAAAAACCUACCAUGAUGUGAUCCCCAUCUCCUGCCUGACUGAGUUUCCCAACAUUGUCCAAAUGGCAAAGCUGGUUUGUGAGGAAGUCAACGUGGACCGCUUCUUUCCAGUGCUGUAUCCGAAAGCCUCGCAACUUAUUGUCACCUUUGAUGAGCAUGUCAUAAGCAACAACUUCAAGUUUGGGGUCAUUUAUCAGAAAUUUGGCCAGACUUCAGAGGAGGAGUUAUUCGGUAAUAGCCAAGAGAGUCCUGCCUUUGUGGAAUUCCUGGAGUUCCUUGGAGAGAAAAUUGAGCUUCACAACUUUAGAGGAUUUCGCGGAGGCUUGGACGUGACUCACGGCCAGACAGGCGCAGAAUCAGUCUACUGCAACUACGGCAACAAAGAGGUCAUGUUCCACGUGUCCACAAAGCUGCCUUACACCGAAGGGGACACACAGCAGUUGCAGAGAAAGAGGCAUAUCGGGAAUGACAUAGUAGCGAUUGUAUUCCAAGAAGAAAAUACUCCCUUUGUGCCUGAUAUGAUCGCCUCCAACUUUCUCCAUGCCUACAUUGUGGUCCAAGUGGUGAACCCGUGUUCAGAAAAUGUUCUUUAUAAGGUUUCCGUGACAGCACGAGAUGAUGUGCCCUUCUUUGGCCCCGCCCUUCCGAACCCUGCCGUCUUUAAAAAAGGCCUUGAUUUCCAGGAAUUCCUUUUCACUAAACUCAUCAAUGCUGAAUAUGCCUGCUAUAAAGCUGAAAAGUUUGCCAAGUUAGAGGAGCGUACGCGGUCGGCCUUGUUAGAAACGCUGUAUGAAGAGCUCCACGUUAACAGCCAGGCCAUGAUGGGCAUCGGGGGUGAUGACGACAAGCUGGAGAAUGGUGGCGGUGGAGGAGGGGGCUUCUUUGAAUCCUUCAAGCGGGUGAUCCGCGGCAGGAGCCAGUCUAUGGACGCCAUGGGGCUAACUUUCAAGAAGCCGCACGCGGUGUCCUCUAGUCUCAGCGGAAACUUUUACCACAGCGCACCCGCAGAGAGCCCCAAAUUCCCAGGGAUAUCAUUGCUUGUCCCAGGCAAAAGUCCCAGUAAAUAUGGACGUCGAGGCAGUGCCAUAGGAAUAGGAUCAGUAGAAGAGUCUUUGAUCAUCCCAGGAAAAAGCCCCACCAGAAAAAAGUCUGGUCCUUUUAGCUCCAGGCGAAGUAGCGCCAUCGGGAUUGAAAACAUUCAAGAAGUUCAGGAGAAAAGCAGAGAGAACUCCCCGAACACCCAAAAGACCCCGGACAGCGGCCACGUCUCCCAAGACCAGAAAUCGGACAACUCGUCCAAUCAGAGCUCACCUGAGGCGGUCACCGCCGCUAAGAACAGGACGCCGUCCAUCCCCGAGGUCAACGACCUUUCACGUUCCUCCUCCACUGCCAGCAGUUUCGCCAGCGUGGUGGAGGAAAACGAGGCGGCGGAUGACUAUGACACGGGCAUGGAAAGUUUGUCGUCUUCCGGGACGCCACACAAGCGGGACUCUUUCACAUACAGCACGUGGCUGGACGACAGCGUGAGCGGCGCCAACAGCAGGGGCAGCUCGCCAGGUCCUGGUAAAAGUGAGCGAGGGAAGGGAACUGACAUCCGCAUCAAACUGGAGCAACAUCGUGAUCAUCAGUCGUCGUCUCAUUCCCAUAAGUCGCGGUCCUUUCGGGUGAUGAAAGAAGUGAGGCCGUUGGUCACGACCCACGUGCCAAACGCGGGAAACGAGCGGCGGGCGCAGAGUGCGGAUCAUUGCCUGCCGGCUGCUCACUAUGCCAGUGUGUGGAGCAUCCAGAAAUAA